UCAAUGAUGAAUGCCUUUAUUUCAUCGUCUUGUUUUCAAUGCGGUCGACUCGUUUUGCGUUGUCCACAGAAAAGCAAAGUUUUAUGUUCCAAGAAAGGAAUUCAAAAAUUUCGUGCUGUUCCAGUGGAGUCCAGAAUUUCGGAAAAUUUGAAAACCUUAUUUGAAACAUAUAAAAUUGCAACUUCCGAAACUUCAAAGCACAAAAAGUUGUUGUUGUCUCACUUUGAAGCGCUGGAUAUUCUGGAAUACUUGGAGUUUAACUGCAAAGAUAGUUCGAAUUGGAUCGAUCUAGAGAAACCUUUGCAAGUGCAUCUUGGUUGGAAGUGGGUUUCUCAGUUGAAGGUCAUCGAUCAAGGAUUGCACUUAUACUUGGACUUUGGUCCAGUAUUCUUCAGUUGGCAUGCUUUGACUGAUUUUUUAGGAAUAGACUCUCAUUAUCGUCCUUUUAUAGAAAGGAAUAGUCAGUUAACGCAAGAGUCUUUUAAGAAGAAACGCCCAAAGCGUAUCUCUAUAAGAAACUGCAAAAUACGUCCAGGCGUGCUAUUAUGGGAAGAAGAAGAUGUGGCACAUUCACAUGUUCAAAGAGUAUCCUUCUUUUCUGCUUCAACAAAGCGCCCCAUCACUUUAGUUCCUAUUACGAGAGAUAGUCCACCCACAGCUAUUAUUGGUGGUUUUACUAUGCACCGAGGCUAUUCCGAUAGUCUUACAAUGAAUCCCGGUUUGGAUACGCAACUUAAGAUAGAUUGCCUUUAUCCUCUUGCUCCAAAAAGCAGAGUACUCGAUAUUUGUACAGGACUGGGUUACACUGCGAUAGAGUUGUUACAAAGAUAUCCAGACAUAGAGCAGCUAAUAACGAUUGAAAUAGACGAGAGUAUGGUGUUGUUGCAACAAAUCAAUCCGUGGUCCUCCGCAUUAAUCAAUGGCAAUCGUGAAGUUGUUCAUCGCCUACUCGUAGACGCCACCACAAUAUUGCCAAAAUUGCCUGAUAACUAUUUUCAAGUGAUUAUUCACGACCCUCCUUCGCAAUCUCUACAAGGAGAUUUGUAUUCUUACGACUUUUACUGUCAACUUGCGAGGGUGUUAAGUCCUAGUGGACAAAUGUAUCACUAUAUAGGAAACCCAAAUAGUAGAGAAGCUGGAAGACUAUAUCAAGGAGUUAUAGAUAGAUUGCAAAGAGCAGGUUUUGGUAGAAUUGUCAAAAAGUCCCAAGCAUAUGGAAUUAUAGGAAUCAAGACAAACUAAGCCCAAGUCGAUAAUUCUAAAAGGAUUUGUAUAAAAAUUCCCGCUCUUUGGAGGACUUUUGAAGACAAUCGACUAGGACUCCGCUUAUGGAAUUUUGAGAAAAGCCUUAGCAGUGGAUAAAGACUUUUCUUGGUUGAGAGAAGAAAUAUUAGAAACAGGGGGAAUUCGUCAUAUUGUAAAAGUAAACACGGAGAAAUCCGU